CAAUGUAGAGUAAUACAAAAACAAACAAUAAAUGCAGUAAAACAGAAUACCCCAGUUUCAAAAGGUGAGUUUUGACAAGUGAAAAUGUGAAUUGCAUCAAUGUGGAGUUCCAAAGGCAGGAGGCAGCGCUGCUGAAGGCAGGAAGAUGUAGUCACCCAUGCAAUUUCAACUGCAUAUGUAAGCUAUUUUUAAUGACACUUUUUUAAAUGACAAUUUUCUUUAUGCAGACCUGCGGCAAAUGGUGCUCUUAUUUUGAAGGAUUGUCACGGACGUGUGUUCCGUGUGUAUUUAUGGCGAAUAUGAGCUGUGUUCAAAUAUAAAUACAACCUGCGUGCCAUCAUUGGGCACUGUAAACUAUAAACUAAGCUAACCUUUGCGAGCUUCCAUUCACGCUCUGUAAGAGGUGAUUUAUCGCCAUUUCAACCUGUUUAGGUCGUGAGGGGGUUCUUCAGUGUGUUUAAUGAUUUCAUACCACAUUAACCGAACUGCCAAGCAAAUACUUCCACACAUGAUGGUUCCUUCUCCUCACGAUGAGAGCAUCUGAGUCGUCAAUUCGGCUUGUUUACGUUUCUAAAAAAUAUCACCCAACUUAAUUUGGUUUAAAUUGCUAAAUGUAAGAACAGUCAUAUUAGGGGAAUAACUAUUAACUAAUUUCUUUUUGUUCUUUUGUAAGGUCAAGUACUAAACCCUGCAUAAUGCCAUGGAAAAUUAAAGUAUACAUGAAUACCUACAGUCAGUAACUGGUCAUGUGACUCCCUUCUCUGACUGGAGCGCGCGCACACACACACACACUGUACACACAUCCAAAGUUGAGCCUCUGAACCUCAAAACAUUUAGCAGUCUUACCUUGGCUCAAGAACAUUUGGUUGCCGUGUUUUGAGAGGAGAGUGCAGGUUUCAGCAUCAAGAUUGGGGCCAAACAUAUUAACGAAAUCAGAAGUUGAGGACAAUGCAAGUCCACAUGCACACAAGAUUUUGUUUCCUGUGUGUGCUCACCUUCCUCUACCAUCAGUCAAGCCACAGUCAUGGAGACGGGCAUCAUCAGCACCAUGGUCAUCACCAUGUCAACCACACCCACAACGACCUUCAGAUUUCUGAGGCUCCGUAUGUGAGAAAAUCUUCUCCGACUGCGGAGCCUGCAAUUCCUGAGAGGGCAUCUUUAGAGGAGGAGCAGCAAUUCUACAUCCAGCAGCUAUUCAGGCGUUAUGGCCAGAAAGACCAGCUAGAUUUUCACGGAUUUCAGAAUCUCCUUCUUAGCUUGGGUCUGGGUGAAGUGAAGGUGGUAGGCAUGGCUCAUGACGACCUUGGUCAUGACCAUGUAGCUCAUCUAGAUAUUCUUGAUGUGCAGGAAGGAUUUCACUCACACAGUGAAGGACACGGACACGGACAUGAGCAUCCACAUCACAAACCCAGCUCCCACGAUCCACACACAGAACAAGAUCACACAGGGUGCAGCCAACAGACCACUGCUUCACCUUCUGGUGCAUCAAGAGAACACCUCCAUAAACACCAUCAUGAUCAUAAUCAUAACCACAAUCACCUACAUGAUGGAGAACAUAAUCAUCAUCAUGCCAAGGAAGAAGAGAUUGGGUAUUCUGAUAUACAUAUGAGUGACAGACCCAACCUUGUGCAAACGCAAAUCAGCACAGCUAUUGCUCCCACGACCCAAGACCAGCCCUCUUCUGGCCAACUUGACUUAUCUCACGGCAAUCAAGAGAUGCACUCUUUUCCUACUCCCACAGACACCAAGCCCAAGAAGCUACGAAAGCCAGGAAGGGUCAGAGGACAACGUGGGCAAAACAAAACGGUUUCACCUCUCACAACAUUGUCCAAUAACAAUGACCAUAAACACAGUCAUGAUCAUGGCCACAGCCAUUCUCAUAAACAUAAAAGAGAAGCACCAGGGGGGCCUGACACCCCAACAGUCCCAGGCCCUGAUUUGUCUGGACAUGCAAGUGGCUUGUUUCAUCAGCAUGAGGAGUGUUUGAACCUGACUCAGCUCCUCAACUACUAUGGGCUGAGUCCCGAUUCCCUCAUCUCACCAAACCAGUUUGCCUAUCUGUGUCCUGCCCUGCUGUACCAGAUAGAUAGUCGAGUGUGCAUCCGCCAUUACCACCAGAUGGAUGUGGAACAGGAAGCUUUAGACAGUGUCAGUACUGUUUGGACUUGGGUGUGGGGCUUCGUGUCCAUCACCAUCAUCAGCCUCCUAUCUCUUUUGGGUGUUGUUCUUGUGCCCAUCCUCAACCAGUCCUGCUUCAAGUUCCUUCUCACCUUUCUUGUGGCCCUGGCAGUGGGCACGCUCAGCGGAGACGCUCUCCUUCAUCUACUGCCUCAUUCUCAAGGGCAGCAUGACCACAGCGGCACGAGCCAUGGCACCGAUCUGGCGACUGAUUUUGAUGGAGUGUGGAAAGGCUUGACAGCAUUGGCUGGCAUUUACCUUCUCUUCAUUAUUGAGCACUGUAUCGGCAUGUUUAAGCACUACAGGGAUCAACGGGGCAUAAAGAAAGUGUGUGAAGAGGGCCAGAUUGGCAGGAAGUUGUCAGAUCGUAAAUUAAAUCACCACUCAGAUGCAGAGUGGGUUCACUUGAAGGCGCUGGGUGAUGGUGCUGAUAGCAGUUCUGUUCCCUGUGACAAUGAUCACAAUGAAACACAGCUCACAGAGCUUCAGAUACCUUCACACUCUCCCACCAACAAGACUCCACUGAAGGCUCCAAACUCCAACAAGCGUUCACCCACUAAGGUGAACGGACGCAAGGCCAAGGACCACAGUCAUGGACAUGGCCACUCCCAUGGUGGGAACUGCCACUCGGAUCAGGAGAUGAAGGACGCUGGUAUUGCCAGCAUUGCCUGGAUGGUCAUCAUGGGUGAUGGCAUGCAUAACUUCAGCGAUGGGCUGGCCAUCGGCGCUGCGUUCAGUGCAAACCUCACAGGAGGCAUCAGUACUUCAGUGGCUGUUUUCUGCCACGAACUACCUCAUGAACUUGGUGACUUUGCGGUGCUGCUGAAAGCGGGCAUGACGGUGAAGCAGGCCAUUGUCUACAAUCUGCUCUCAGCCCUGAUGGCGUACGUUGGCAUGCUGAUUGGCACCACUGUGGGCCAGUACACAGACAAUGUCACCAGCUGGAUCUUUGCCAUCACAGCUGGCAUGUUCCUCUACGUGGCUCUGGUCGAUAUGCUGCCAGAAAUGCUUCAUGGAGACAGCGAGGAACACAAGCGUUGCCAGUUGGGUCACUUUGUCCUGCAGAAUCUGGGCAUGCUGACUGGGUUUGGCAUCAUGCUGCUUAUUGCCAUUUUUGAAGACCGCAUUGUUUUCGAUUUUGGCUUUUAGCAACAAACGGAGAGAUGAGAGUGUAGGGUUUAGUAUUGUUCUCCUUGGCCUUAACCUAUGCGACAUAAGGCCUGGUCUGACUUGCAUUGUGAGUCGCUUUAACAACCCGUGCCUCUAUUCCAAAAGCCCAGUGCAUAUAGUGCGUACAUAUCUCAUGACUAUGUCACGUUUACACACGCUCUUCCUUACAUGCAUGUUGUCGUCAUGCUGUGCUGUAUCUUGUACAUGUGUGGUGUAUUCUACCCCACCAUCAUCAUCAUCAUCAUCAUCCCGAUGGCGCAUGUGUCAAAGCCAAGCCCAGCCCACUGGAGCAGCACCACAGCUGCACCUACCGCCGUCAGAGUACGGCCUCCUUUGGAGAGCACAGAAGCACCAACAGGGGUUGGGGGAAAACGUUUUAUUUAGCUCAUCUAAAUAAAACAUGUUUUGGCAGCUCUUAUACUGCUGUCAAAACAAUCAGGAAAUUCAACUCUUCACUCUUUAGUUCAUUUUUAGGCUCUGGUUACAGCGGGACCUGUUUGACAGCUUGUCCAAGUGGACCACGUAGUUAAAAAGUGCCCAACGUCGACAUGGACUUGCAUUGUCAGCUGCUGUUGGGGGGUAUUUUUCUGAAAAGUGGGUCUUUUUCCUUACUGCCAAAUGAACGGAUGCAAGGACCAAUAUUUUGCUUAAGAAGUUUAUCAAAAAAAAAAAAGUAAAAAAGUGUAUCAUUAGUAUCAACUUAGUUCCUGACUGUUUUCCUUUUUUUGAUAAACUUUGUGAAUUUUCUUUUCAUAAUAUUUUGACUUUAUUCCCAUGAUAAUAACUUUUCCUCCAACGUAGUUGUCCUUAAUUUCCGCAUUUUACUUUUUGUGCCCCAAAACAUUAAAACAUUUAUUUUCAAUAUUUCAACUCUGCACUACUAAUGUCACUUUUUUCCUUAUUUUACAUUCUCAUAAGAUUUUUACUUUUUCUCUGAUUUUUUUCAUUUCUCCUUUUUUAUUUGACCAACUCUUUCAACUUUCUUGAUUUUUUUCCCCUCAUAACCAUGACUUUAUUCCUAUUAUUGUAUUGUACAACUUUUUUCCAUAAGCCAAUUUUUUGUUUUGCCAUAAAUAAACUAAAUUUUUUCUUAACUUUAACUUUGUUACUACAUUUAUGUUAUUUUUCUUCAUUUAAUUUAUGCAGAUUUUUAUUUUUAAGUAUAUUUUUAGGUGUCCGUGGACACGCUUGGUUUUGGACAUCAUGUGUUGUACUAACUUAAAGAUCGUCAAUUAAAAAUUACCGUGUAAAUGUUUCACAAAUGAAUUUCAACAAACUGCCAUAGGAUAGGAAAUAUUACGUAAAUGUCGACUCAAACGGGUUCCGCUGUACACAAACCUUUGCCUCUAACCAGCACUCUAAGACACCCGAUGCCGAGUACUUUGAAGUUAGCAAUGACGGGGACUAAACAUGACUGUUGUUGUUUACAAGAUAUGCAAGCGACACGGUUCAGUACAGUAAAUCUGAUGCUUGUGCUGCAUCUCAUCAGACAAAACUACACUCAAGGGUGUUGCGUCAUGCAGGCAUAUCUGCUUUUUACAUUCAUGUACUGUAAUUGCACAAAGGAUUCACGGUGCCGUUGAAAGGAAUCAUUUUUUCCUGUAAGUCCCAUUUGAUUAAUGACAAUCAUGCUGCCUUCAACGAUAAAAACAUUCCUCACAUUUGAAGGCGAACUUAAGACCCGAUGAUCAGACUUGGCAGUCUACUUAGACGUGACCAGUGGCUGGUGCUUGACUCCUAGCUUCCUCCUCCAUUGACAUUCCAUGGGCUGUUCUGCUGCUCACCAGCUAAGCUACGUCACCUGGCUUCAGCUGCUAGAACACAAGUGUUUGUUUGUUUGUGUGUGUGCGUGUGUGUGUGCGCGCAAGCAUUUAUCCUGUUGCUGACAACAUUGCCAGUCACAUGGAGCUCCUGUGAAUGAUCUUACUGUAGCAUGAGCAUCUGGUACAUGCGUAGUGUUAACUGUCAAAUUGUUUGUACUGCCAAGUUAGAAUGUUGACAAACUUUAUUACUAUUUUUUUUUUUUCGCCUUUUUACUGUGAAAAUGGUGAACACUUGGUGUGACAGAAUCACCUGAUUCUUUGUGAUUAAUCUAAAGGACACAGAAUGUAGUCAUCUUUCUCAAGUCUGUUCAAACACCAAAUGCAUUUUUAUCACAUAGUUUCGGGUAAACUGUAGCUUAUUUUGUUUUAAUCUUUUUUUUUGGUUGGUUGUUUACAUUUUUUUGUAAACUGUAUUCUUUGAAAAAUAAUGAGUAAAAUGAAGGUCAACAAUCCCAUGUGUUGUGAAAUGCAACAUUUUGCUGUUCCAUGACAUCUGCCUCCUUUAAAAAUUAACAAUAAAAAUUAAUAAUUAACAAAAAUC